AUGAGCAGAUCGGCGUCGCGCCACUUCCGCUCGGCCGCGGGGGCGUUGCGGCACUGCCUCAAACGAACACACGCCGCCUCGUCUGCGCCUUCGUCUACCCCUGUCCCCGCUAGUGCCGUCCUCGCUACCAGACAUCCUCACGAGCCCAGCAUUUGCUGUACUUCGAUCGAUCCCGCCGUCACCAGAACGAGCUCCUCCAUUAGCUGCGGGUUUAGCAUCGGCGAUGCAUCUCCCGGUGACACGUGGCACCGAUCCAACGGUUCAUUUCAUCAUGGAUUGACACCACCGUACCUAGUCUUUCCCGCAGCAAUCGCCGCUCGAGCCGUAUCAUUCUCCACGUUUCACUCAUCUCCCGCCACCACUGCGACUGCUGCGGCUGCUGACGUGGCAGCGAGCGGAGCGAGCGGGGAGAAGGCGCAGCCGCCGGCUUCCACGCUGCUUCCGACGUCCGGCGCUCCGGUGGUGUCGCCGCUCGUUGCAGGCGCGUCGCCGCUGUCGCCGGCGUCGCCCACUGGUCGCACGGUUCGCGCCGUUCUGGCAGGGCUCAAACAGAACACACCAAAGAGUAGCACCAUGCCAUCUCUCGCACCAUGCCAUCUCUCGCACCAUGCCAUCCCUCGCACCAUGGAUGCCACCAUGUUCACCAUAGCAUGGCGCCAACUGGGUCCCAAGAAGGUGAAUCUGGUGGCGGCCAUGGUGCGGGGGAUGACCCCAGAUGAUGCGCUCAUGCAGAUGGCAGUCAGCAUUAAGCGCGCUGCUAAGACCGUGGCUAAGGUGAUCACAGCAGCCAAGGCCAACGCAGUGCACAACCAUGGGCUGGAGGGAGAAGAAGCUUAUUAUAGCGGAGGCGUAUGUGGGCAAGGGCCGAUAUCUGAAGCGGCUGAAUCCGCAUGGGAGGGGCGAGAUCGGGGGUGA